CGUGCACGUGCAGCUAGCCAUGCAUGAAAUAAUGUUGAUGCUCCUCCUCGUUGUGAUGGCCGUCCUUUGGAGGUGGAGCGAGGCGGUCAUGUUGAUGUCGGCCCUGGUUCGGAGUCUAUCGCAGCAGCCUGCUCUAGUUGUCACGGACCGCGUGACCGCGCACCGCCUCCUCAUCCGCGGCAGCGCCGGGGGCUCCUUCUGUAACCGUCCGCCCUCCACCACGCCCAGCGCUGUCCUCUCGCGCCGCCGCUUCCACAACCUAGGCUCGGUGCCCUACGGCCCACUCUGGCGUGCCAUGCGCCGCAACAUCACCGCCGACGUCCUCCACCCGUUGCGCCUCCAUCGCUACGCCGCCGCGCGCCGCCGCGCGCUGCGCGGCCUCGUCGUAGACCUCACCAAGCAGUGCACGUCCACACAGGGAGGCGGAGGACUAGGAGUAGUCCUCGCUGCAGAGAGUAUCCGCUCGGCCAUGUUCGCCCUGAUGGCCACCAUGUGUUUCGGCGACGGCGUGGACGCGGGGCGUGUCCGCGCCAUGGCCGACGCCCAAAGGGACUUCUUCCAGCUCUUUCCAACGCAGGACGUGUUCGCCAACUUGAGGCUCCCUGGUGCGCUCGCUAGGAUCGUCUACUGCAAAUAGUGGAGCAAGCUAGCCACGGUGCGGCGGAAGCAGGAGGAGAUGUACUUCCCGCUCAUCGACGCCCGUCGAAGACGGCAUCGCCGCCCUGGCGAAACGGUGGCGCAUGUGGACACGCUCAUUGACCUCUGCGUCCCGGACGACGCCUCCAACGCUGGCAUGCAGCGGAGGCUAGGAAACGCCGAGCUCGUGGGCAUGUGCUCCGAGUUCCUCGGUGCCGGGACCGAAGCCGUAGCUGCUGAGCUGCAGUGGAUCAUGGCGUACCUCGUCAAGCGUCCAGCCCUGCAGGAGGCCGUCCGGAAAGAGAUCGACGAUGCGGUCGGCACGGACGCCGACGAGGUUAGCGAGGAGCUUCUCGAGAAGAUGGACUACCUGAACGCAGUCAUUCUGGAGGCGCUCCGGCUCCGUCCCAGUGCGCCCUUUGUGUUUAGGCAGGUGAUGGAAGGAGGCAACGUCGUCCUUGACGGACGACAUGUUCCGGCGGGCACGGUGAUGAAGUUCCCGUCGGGGUGUCUCGUGCUAGACGAGACAGCGUGGGCUGACCCGAACGAGUUCAAGCCUGAGCGAUUCCUGGGGAGCAGUGGUGGUGAAAGGGUGAGCCUCUUGGCGGCGGCCGGCAGUGCGGGAGAGAUCAAGAUGAUGCCGUUCGGUGCCGGGCGGCGUAUGUGCCCCGGUAUGGGCGUCGCCAUGCUGCACCUGACCUACAUCACGGCCAACCUCGUGAGGGAGUUCGAAUGGAGAGAGAUGGGUGGAGAGCUCGCCGUCGAUCUCGAGCCCAGCAUCGCUUUCUUCACCCUGAUGAAGCGGCAGCUGCGCGCUCACCUUGUGCCUCGUUGUCAGGACAAGCAGAUGAUGCAUGCAUCUCUAGGAUGAUGCAUGAUGUGAUGAGUUCUUGGAAGGGAUGCUCUUGUUUCCGGUCUUGUCAUGUGUUGUACGUAGCUGUCUAAGGUAUAUUUCGCUUAUAAUUUGGCCCAAGGACUCUUUUUGUAUUGGUUUGUGAAAUUUGAUUCCUGAAAAAUGUUGCGCUUAUAUAUGUUGUUGUUGUUGUGGAUUUUCUUUAACGGAAAGGCACUAUAGC